AUGACCAUGUCAGAAUAUGAACGUGUGUUGGCUUCAUCUGACAUUAAGCGAUAUUUCAAUGAUAGUCAAGUAUACAGAAUGCUUAUAUCGGAUAUUAACAAUUGUAGAGGAUCAGAAAAUUACAGGCAUUCAACAAUAAAAAUAUUGGCGAACAUGAUAUUAAAAAUCUACCAACGAAAAUUUGUGUUUGAUCAUUCUUUUGAUACAACAAAUUUAAUCAAAGUUUUAUUAAAGAUUUUGGAUGCACUAAUAAAAGAUUCGUAUAUAGAUGAUCUUCCAAAAUUUAACAUAACCAACGAUAAAUUCGAUGGUUUGGAUAAUUAUAUCUUGAGUAUUCAAGAGAGAAUUCGAAGGUUUGAAGAAGGAAGGACUUCCUUUAAUUUUUACAUACCUCAAUACUUUCCCGACUUAUAUGAAAAAUUAUUCAAUAUUGAUUUAACUAUUAUUCAUACAAAUGAUGUCCAUUCUCGAUAUGAUCAAAUCAAUGAAGCAGCUACGGAUUGUUCCCCAGAGCAAUUUGAACAGAAAAAAUGUUAUGGUGGAACCGCUCGACAUAAAACUGUAAUUGAUAGAUUGAGAAAGGAGAAUAAAAAUUCUUUACUUUUAGAUGGUGGUGAUCAAUUUCAAGGAACUUUAUUCUUUACUUAUUAUAAUGCAAUCGGAAAUCAUGAAUUUGAUAAAGGUCCAGAAACACUAAUCGCUCAUCAUGCACGAUUGAACAUGCCAAUUGUAUGUGCGAACAUCAAUACGACAUUAAACCCUUUGCUUGGUGCUAAUAUUAAACCAUAUCAUAUUUUUAAAGAAUAUAAUUUGGCGGUCAUUGGUUAUAUAACCGAUACCACUGGUGGCAUUUCCAAUGCAGGUCCUACUCUAAAAUUUUAUGAUCCGAUACCAAUAGUUCAACAUUAUGUGAAUAAACUUCGUGCCAUGGGAAUCAAACGUAUUCUAACUGUUUCUCAUAAUGGAUAUGGUCCUGAUAAAGAAUUGGCUGCAAAAACUUAUGGUGUUGCGGUACAUAUUGGAGGUCAUAGUCACACUCUUUUAUCAAAUUAUACUACUUCUAAAGAUUACCCUUUAGCUUUGGGUCCAUAUCCUACUACAGUUAAGAAUGCUAUAGGUGAAGAUACUUUGGUUGUACAGGCAUUUUGGUCUGGAAAAUAUAUAGGACAUUUGGAUGUAUCAUUUAACAAUAAAGGAAAAGUUGUUGAAUAUUCAGGUGCACCAAUCCUAGUAGAUCAAUCAAUUCCCCAAGAUCCUGAAGUAGUUAAUUUGGUAAAGCAAUGGAGAAAACCAUUUGAUGAGUAUGCCAAAACUGUGAUUGGUAGCGCGGCUGAUGAAUUUGAUCAACAAUCAUGUCAAAAAAGUGAAUGUACAAUGGGUAACUUAAUAUUAGAUUCUUUUCUAUGGUCUAUAAGAAAAAUCAACAAAGUAAAUGUUGCUUUCAUGAAUGCUGGUGGAAUUAGAGCCGGAUUGUUGAAAGGAAAUAUUACCCGUGAAAAUGUUUUAACUAUUUUACCAUUUGGUAAUUCUAUGGUGAUUUUGGAUAUGAAUAGUAAAAAUAUUACUGAUAUGUUGGAAAGUGUGACGGGAAGGUCGACGAAUAUUAUUUCUGGAAAACAAGUUACUAGUUUUAUUCAAGUAUCUGGUAUUAGAUUUAUAUAUGAUAGUAGUAAACCAAUAUUUAAACGAGUAUUGGAUGUUCAUAUACAGAAUAGUGAUACCGAAGAAUUUGAACCAUUAGAUCCUAACAAAAGUUAUAAGAUCAUUACUCUCGAUUUUGUCGCCAAUACUGGUGAUGGAUUACUCCCAUAUAUUAUUCAGGAUUUAAUUCCUUUAGACACCUCAGACGUAGUUCUGACAAAUUAUAUUCAAGAUAAAAAAAUUAUUAAACCAUAUUUAGACGGUCGUAUCCAAGAUGUUUCUCCCGUCACUAAAACUCAUAGUAUCAUUUCACCUCAUGAACCCAUCCAUUUUGGUUAUUUUGAUGAUGAUCAAAUUUUAAGUAAGAAUGUGGAAAUCAAGAUGGGAAGUAAUAAACCAGAUAAACAGAUUUUAUUUAAAAUUGCUGGUUUAUAA